GGGACCCUGUUGCAUUGUGGGAGUAGCGGAAGUCGAGGAAGUUGUACAAUAGAUUGGAAGUGUUGAGGCUAGCGGCAGUGAGAGUGGAGCAGGAGGCACACGAGGUGUUCAAAGCGUUAAAUUAAACUCCAUGAAUAGAGUUAGAGAUAGUCUUCAAGGAAGACAGGAUUUCCGAGCGGAACACCAACUCCUAAAUACUGUGCUGCACGAGAUCUUACGAACAAAAACACUUCAUUAUGCAGUCGGACUGCAGGCUAGAAUGGCCACAUUGGGAAUGGUGAGGACAGGACCCAGCGGGGCCGGAGCAUUCUUCAUCAUCAUCAUCUUCAGCACUGGAGCCAGUCGAGCUCAGAAAGGGGAUGGCUGCGGUAACACCUUUCUGGGUCCCAGCAGCGGCACACUGUCCUCUAUCAACUACCCCCAGACGUACCCCAACCACACAGUAUGUGAGUGGGAGAUCCGAGUGCCCCCCCAGAAGAGGGUCCACUUCAAAUUUGCAGACUUUGACAUUGAGGACUCAGACUGCCACUUCAACUAUCUGAGGAUCUACAAUGGCAUUGGGACCAGCCGAGCUGAGAUUGUGAAGUACUGUGGACUAGGCCUGCAGGUUCCUGAGCUAAUCCAAUCCAGUGGGAAUGAGGUCACAGUCCAGUUCAUGAGUGGGGUACACAAGUCUGGUCGUGGCUUCUUCCUGUCCUACUCGACAACUGAGCACACAGAUCUGAUCACUUGUCUUGACAAAGGAGUCAAUUUCACAGAGCCAGAGUUCAGUAAAUUCUGUCCUGCUGGGUGCCAGGCAGUCUUUGGAGAGAUUUCAGGAACAAUCCCUCAUGGAUACAGAGAUUCCUCCUCUGUGUGCCUGGCUGCCAUACACGCAGGGGUGGUGUCCAACACCCUGGGAGGCCAAAUCAAUGUGGUUACCAGCAAAGGCAUCCCGUACUACGAAAGAACACUGGCCAACAACGUCACUUCCACCAGUGGCCUUCUAUCCAACAGCCUCUUUACUUUCAAAACAAGUGGCUGCUAUGGCACUCUGGGGUUGAAGGCAGGUGUGGUCCGGGAGUCCCAGAUCUCUGCCUCCUCCGUAUGGGAAUGGAGUGAUGCGAUUGGCCAACCCAGCGUGUGGGGGCCUCCAGGAGCCAGGCUGAAGAAGGCAGGGCUCCCCUGGGCUGCUGCCCACAGUGACCAGCAUCAGUGGCUCCAGGUGGACCUGAAGAGGGAGAUGAGGAUCACAGGAAUCACCACCACUGGCUCCACCCUCAUGGAAUUCCCCUUCUAUGUGUCUGUAUACCGCAUUCUGUACAGCCAGGACGGCCAGAACUGGAAACCUUUCAGGGAACCGGACAUCGACAGGGACAAGGUUUUCCAAGGCAACACUAAUUAUCUGCAGGAAGUGCGUAAUAACUUCAUCCCACCGAUUGAGGCGAGGUUUUUGCGCGUGAGCCCCACACACUGGCAGCAGCGCAUCGCCAUGAAGCUGGAGCUGCUGGGCUGCCUGCCACAGAUAAGUGAGGGGCCUGCCAGGCGAGGGCCACAGACAGUGAGGCCCCGAAUCUUCCUUCCAUCACCCCCUAAACUGAGCACCGACCCCCCACUUCAAAGUGACAAAACCACGCUCACUCCAGAUAUCCGCAACACCACCAUGACCCCCAGUGGCAACAAAGAUGUGGCGUUGGCUGCUGUGCUGGUGCCCUCUCUGGCCAUGGCCCUGACUGCUCUCAUCCUGGCCCUGAUCUGCACCUGGCACUGGAAGAACAGGAAGAAGAGCAUGGAGGGAGUCUAUGACCUGCCGCAGUGGGAUCGUGCAGGUUGGUGGAAGGGAGUGAAGCAGCUUUUGCCCUCUAAGAUGGCGGAGGGGGAGGAGUCUGUGGUGCGGUACAGCAGCACUGAAGUGGCUCGGCUCAGGGGGGGAGAGAGCGCCCCUGUGCUACAGACUGAACCUGCAGCCUUAUAAUGGCUUCCUUGACUUUCAUUGGAGCAAUUCUGGUCCUCAUGUUGACAAACACCGCUAACAGUCUCCAAAGGCAAAGAAUCAAGACUAGAUACUGAAAACUCUUUUAUACCUGCACCAAGGAAGCAAGUGAACAUGCCUGACUAAUCAGACAUGUCUGUGAAGCCAUUAUGGUGCUCUGAAAUGGAUGUAUAAAAAGUGCUGUAAUUUCUACAUGGUGAAACAAUAGUGUAUAUAUAUGCCCUUAAAUAAAAGCUGAAAAUCUUGCACUUUAACCACAUGUGAAUUGUUUGAGCACACAUCUAAAAUUGUGAAAGUACAGAGCCAAAUCAAGAAAUAUGUCUUUGUCCCCAACAUUAUCAGCAUAAAGCAGAAUGUGCUUAUUCAUGAAUAUCAAACAAGGAUGGUGAUGUACAAAUUAGGACCAAAAAAAUUCAGCCAUGGCCAUUUCUGAUUCCUGAUGAUAGCAGUGAUGUUUGCAGCAUUGCCCAUUGUAAUCAUCGAGAUAUACAAGAACUGGGGACGGCUUCUGUUUACCGUUUCCAUGGAUUCCUAUGGGAGCUGCCCGAAGGUGCAUGAAUCCAGUUCAUGAACGCAGCCAUGUUUGACUAUGGGUCAUUGGCACCAGAGCAUGUGCACUGGGUACCUAAACGUUAAGGAUAACAGUAAACGCAGAGAAAUUAUGUUAACCCGUGGGGGUGCGCUUCGAAAAAGCUUUCAAAUCGUCUGACGAACUGCGGCCACUGAACUGUGACUGUGGCUUCGCUGGCUAGCUACAGGACCCAUUGUGACCAUUUCUGAUAUGGUUUCUAUCAUCUCUGCAAGUGAAAGUAAUAAAUAAGGUAGUUGAUAUUUUUAUAGAAGCAUUCGGCAAUACAUUACAUAAGCUAGCUUGCUAGAUACAUAGUCUACUUAUGAAAAAGCUAUGUCGAGCUAGCUAGACUGAAAUGCAAUGAGAAGUUGUGGUUAGCUAGCUUACUAAGUGCUCACUAAGUAACUUUUAGGUUUCACAAGCUAGCUAUCGAGCUGUCUUACUGACUAACCCCAGCCAGUUAGCUAGACAGUAGAACAGUUGUAGAUGGCUUUUCCUAAUGAUACAUUUGGUGGCAGUCGGCUGUAAUAAGUAAUAUCUAGCUCGCAGGCUAGCCACAACUUCUGACUUGUUUAAAUCCUACGGUCAGGAAGUGUGUUAUGGGAGCCAGCUACUAUCUAGCUACUGUUGUUUAAAGGAGAUCGGUGAUUCAAUUGUAGCUUUCUAAAUACGUAAAUGACCUCCCUACGGUUCCUAGCUAUUCCUAGCUAGCGUGACCCUGAUCUCAAGCAUAAUGCACUGUUGUGAAAAGCUAUUGCAGACUGGAACAGCUAGCUAAUAUAAUUAACUUGAUUUAUUUUCUUGCUUUGACUUGAAUUAAGGUGCAUGAGAGAAAGCAAAAGAUUUAAUCAAUACUGAGUUUUAUUCUUUAUUCAAAUGGAAACAUGCAAUGUGCUUUAUAUUUUUGGCAAUGCAUAUGAACAAUGUAUUGUAAUAAAGUAUGACUAGUCACCUAGUGCAAUAUUGGCUCGUUUUGAUUGUUUACAGGAAAAAGUACAAUCUGGGCAAAGACAACCUUUUGAUACAAUUUGCUGUAGUGUAAUGUUGUUAGUCCUGCUAUCCUGAACUUGGGCACUGACAAUCUAAGCAGUACAAGGUGAAAAUUAUUCAAGAUGUCAUAUUCGAUGUCGGAUUCGAACCCAGAACCACCUUCUUGCGAGGCAACAGUGCUAACCACUAUGCCAUUGUGCCCGGUUUAUCACAGCACAGAGGCAAAUUUUCAUGCUUACUGAGCAAAUUGAACUAUGAUUUAGCCAAGAAAUAAUGAAUAAAUGGCCAAAAUGCUAAAAUUUACGUAAAAUAUUGAUAAAUUAGGCUUAUGUGUUCUAUUCAUACAAUCCUCAUCUUUGUAAAUGACAUGUUUAUCAUCUUCAUAACCACUUCAUCUUGACCAGCAUCAUUUGAAACACAAUUUAAGAGCAAAUUAAAUAUAACUAUUCUCAUUUUUUAACCCCUUAGCGCAGAUACCAAAUCUGGCCAAUCCUUGCCCAUUUAGGGGGUACCCUAUUUAAAGCUUUAUAACUCCAAAUGUGAACACGACAGAGACUUGAAAAAUGGCUUAAAUGAAGCAAGACAUUUGUACCAUUUACAAUACUGAGAGAUUGCAUAUAUACACCAGGUUAAACUAUACAAUGUCCUGGAUCAAAAACUUCUUGACCACAAGGUCAUAAAAUAUAAGGGUGGGCAUAUAGAACUACUAUAGAUCUAUUAAGCAAAAACUAAGCAGUGAACCCAGCGUCUACAAAUCUAUCCAAAAUGUCUAAAUUAUGCAUUGCUGUAAAUCACAACAUAUUCACGUAUUUCACUACAAAUCAACUGUUUUGACUCAAGAAACUCACCGUUGCAUCAUUUUAAAGUGCGAAUUACAAGCUUUUCAAUAGUACAGUGGUCUAAAAUAUCUAGGGUUCCAGAAACAUCCAAAAUCUCUCCAAAAAUGAAUAAAAUGCUUUUUGUCCAUUAUAAAGCAUAUAAAUGAGCCCCUUAUGAAGGUUUAAGAUGAAACAUUGAUAUCAGAUUAAAAAAUAAUGCAAAAACAUUGUCACACAAUGCGGUACAGUACCUAAAUGUGUAAUAAUGAACUCUUGUAUGUAUUUCUAUACUCUGUACUGUCGUACGUUUUCUUGUAUGGGGAAUGUCACGACAUGAAAACAAUUUUAAACCUUCCACCACGUUUUGUUAAUGUUCCAGUUCUCAUGUCAUCACUGUUGCAUGCAUCACAAAAACUACUAAAUUACCAACGAACGCUUACAUUAUAGUGUGAAAUAUCCUCAUUAUAAAAUACCACUAACCUAUUUAAAAACACUCAAUUAAAAAAAAUAACGCAUAUAACCGAAAUAUUUUGAGUAGUAAUACUUACAUGUUAUACAUGGUUAGAAAGCUUAUACUCUCACCUACUAAAUAAAUGAAUUGUCAAUCAAGCCAUACUGUACUAAAAAGGGCGACAACGACGUAAACAACACGUGGUAUUACGCACAGCUAUUUUUGAAGGUACCCUAGUCCCUCCAGGAAAUCGCGGAAUAUUUGCGGGAGCUUGCAAUUUUGCAAAAUUCCUGCGAUUUCUCCGCAUUAAAUGUCCAAAUCCAGAGCCGUAUAAAGAGCCGUAUAUAUGCCUUAACGCAUAUUUAAAAAAUAGGCUACGUAGCAAAUGCAUCUGUAGGGGCUGCAGUCUUAAAGAAAUGCAUGACAAAAUGAUUAGGGAAAGUAAUCAUAAGUAGGCCUACUUAUGUGUCAAUGGAGUCUUCAAUAACGUUGAAUCACAGUUGUAAGAGAUUGCACUUUGUUUUGUGCAUACAUUAUGUGUUGAAUUAAUAUUAUUUAAAAAGCAUUUAAAGCACUUUUUACAGAGGAUGUAGCCUAUGUAUUCUAUAGCCUAUUGCAGUCACAGACUGUCUAUUUUGUAAAGCUACGUCGCUUUUUUUUUUUUUCAAUUUUUUUUGUAACUUUGAGCCCAUGGUUCUUUAUGUUCAGAAAAUAAAAAAAGAUGAAAACUAAAAUAUUUCCAGCUAUUUCUGUGAUGUGCAGUAUGCUUAUUAUCACAGGAAGUGAUUACAUGACUCUUUCUUCAUUAUGUAGUAGUUUUUUAAAAAAUUGCAAUUUUAUUCCUCGACUUGCAAUUUUUGCCAAUUCCCGCAAUUUUACCGCAAAAAAGUCACGUAAAACUUAGCAAAUUGCAUCGCAAUUUUUUAGAAAAGCUGCUGCAAAAUCAAGCAUUUUUGAUCGCAAAAAUCACAAAAAAACUCCACGAAAUCCUGGAGGGACUAGUACCCCGGCGUCACAAAUGCGCGUAUAUUUCGCAAACGGAUUGUCCAAGACAAUAUAUGACUACUUGGUAGGGAUGAGCGAGUACACCAUUAUCUGUAUCUGUAUUUGUUCAACCAACAAAAUUAUCUGUAUCCGUAUUCGUACUUGGAAUGGGCGGGGCUUAAACCGGAAUUGGACGGGGUAUAACCGGAAGUUGGUAUUUUAACCUCUUAGCGCAAAGCCCCUAGUGGUUGGGGUACCGAGAUUGCUGAACUAAGUCGGGUUUAUCUUGUUGCUAUGACGGAAUACGAUUUUUUAGUGGUGAAAGAAUAUUUUUAUGAAUGCCAAGAUAGACAAUAUUGUCCAUUAUGACAUGGGUGGGAGGUAUAGUUGCAGAUGAGACUGCAGGGAGGGGGUGCGUGUUAAAUGAACGACCAGAGCGACAAUGGUGGCGCUGCGAAACUCCGUUUUCGGCAUAGUUGUCCUGUAUCAUCUACUAAUGAAACUAAAACAACGCGUUUCUGUUUUUAACUCAUACAUUAGUUGCAGUAGCACCGAAUGUCUGAGUUUAGUAAUCUCGGCACGCCGGCGUGCCGACCACUAGGGGCUUUACGCUAAGAGGUUAAAAUCACCCAUAAUGACUACACAGUCAAAUUCAGUGCAGAUAAUUGAAAGCAUCUCUGUAAAAUCAUCAAGGAAAUGUGGAGAAUAUUUUGGUGGCCUGUAUAUAACUAUAUAUAGAAUACAUUGAGAGAAUUUCAUUUCCAUUUUAAAGGACACAUAUUCAAAGGAUGAGAACUCUCCAAGUGAUAACUUCUUACAAAGGAACCUAUCUCUAAAAACGGCACAAACACCCCCUCCUUUUUUGUUCUGUCGUGCUUCAAACUCAAAUAUCAAAUUUGGUGGGGAGGAUUCAAUAAGAAUAGCAUUCCCAUUCUUGGUGUUCAACAAAAUCUCUGUUAAAAACAUAAAAUCAAGCUUGUAAGAGGUUAUAAAAUCAUUGAUUAAAAGUGACUUGUUACACAGGGACCUAAUAUUAAAUAGGGCUAGUUUUAGGUUUGUUGGAGCAGGGCCUGAGAUACUUGGCUUACAGGGAAUGUGAAUCACAUUAGUAGGAUUGGAAGAUUUUACUGUGACUCGCUUAUCUAAUCUUUGUCUUAACACUGUGGCUAGAACCGGUGUUGAUAUCAGGUUGCUAAUACUAACCCCAGAGCAAUUAGGAUUUCCACGAACUUUGUUUCCAAUUUGAACAGGGAUUAAAUGAUUGGGGGAGCUACUCAAAGAGGUAGUGGUUCAACGAUGUGGGGAAGAAAGCGAGUGCCGAUUAUUGACCGGUGUUGAGUCCAGGUGUGCGUGGUGAGUAAUUAGUCACUUGCGUCCAGAGGUUUGGACGGAGUAAAAAUGUUUUCGGAAAGGCUUCUGGCGCCCAAGGCAUUGGGGUGGAUUCCAUCGUUCUUGUAAAAGGCUCUGCGCUCCCAAAAAAGAUGAAAUUGUCAAUAAAAACCAUAUUGGGCGACAAGCAUACAGACUGUAGCCAUGUAUGGAGACUGAGGAUGACUGAGGAUUCUAUUGAAACGACCCAGUAGCCGACCGAAAGUAGGGAUUGGACCAGAGAUAAAAACAUGUUUGCCACAGGACUUGAGUAAGUUAAAAAGACGAAUAAAGUCACGUUUCAGUAUUUCCGAUUGUUGUUUUGAGGUAUCAUUUGUGCCAACAUGGACUAUAACGUUACGAACGUGAGGGUAUUUUUCAAGAAGGCUCGGUGAGGGGCAUCGGGUUGUAGGUUGUAGGAGUGACUGCUUCCUCGCUGACUGUUUCCCCGGACACCGACCCAAGGCUCCGGACCAGAGGGCGUGGAGCAGACCAGGGUCUUCGGUUUUGCUCCGAGCCGGGGCCAGGGAUGCACCACAGGAGCAGACGAGGUGGUGGAUGGUGCCGGCUCACCCGUGGUGUUAGGACCGAGCCAGGGGAGAGUGGUGUCAUUGUCUGCAACAUGAGAGGCCGGUGUCACCAGAGAGUCCAGAAGCUGCUCAUCCUCCUUCAAGUUCAGUGAUCUUUUGUGUUAACUGGAGACAGCCCGAGCAAUGAGGUGGGGAGGGAAGGGGAGGCAUUUUUUGUUGGAAAUAGUCCUAGACAAAGCUGGCUGUGUACAAGAAAAAAAACUAAAAAAGCUAAUAAAAUAAAAUGGAAUAAAAUGAUAGAAUGAUAAAAAAUUUUUAAAAAAAUGAAUAAAACUGCAGCAGAAGCUGCGAAAGAAAGCAGAAAAAGAUAUAAUGGAAAAAGCUGCGGGAGCUCAGACACGGCUCAACAGCGUCUGCUAAAUGGCGGUAAAGCAAUAAUGGCGGUGGAUUCAUGUUAUUCUAGGUCAUGGUUUAUUACUUUGCAUAUUCUGAUAUAUCUGCGUCCACUGUGACAUAAAACUAUGCGGACCAAAUUGGAAUUAAAUAAAUCUUAUAUCUUCUUCUGUGGAACUCAACAAAAAUUGGUGCCUGGAGCGUAAUUAGUUCAGUGUGAAGAAAUUUUAGAGAUAAAAUGUUCUGUCCAAAAUAAUUUGAUUUGGCCAGGGUAAAUUCAUAGUUUUGAAUGGACUUCAAUGGGGAAAUUUGCUUUUUGGCACCAGAGGCUUAUUAAACUGCAAUACCUCGAGUAAUAACAGGAGUUUAUGAGCUUCAUGGAGAAUGGCAAUCCCUGGUCUCCUGAUUGUAAUGCAUGAGUGCGUUUGGAUAUGAAGUUGCCAGUCUUCUAAAACAUCAUGGAGCACAAGAUUAGCGGCUGUGUGGUACUUCGACAUGAAAGUUGCUUGUUGGCACUUCAGCUCCAUUUAAUUUUGUGUGCAGUCAAUGAUAUAAACAGUCUCAUGUUGACACUUGACCACGCAUCUCUCGUUAGAGAGUAGCAUGUCCCCUGGACCAAGGUUUUCACAUCUAUUCGUACACCAUCUCUGGGAUCGCAAUCUACAAAAAGUAUGUCCUCCCAGGAAGUUUGUAAUUUUUAUCCAAUGUAUUAACCAUAUCAAAGAAAGACGUUUUUUCCACUGUGUGGAAAGCAACUGUAUCUUUGGAUAAAUAGCAGGUCACUGCCUUUGUGCAAUCUCUUACUCUGUCUUUUUAUAUUUUGUGGACCUUGAAAAGCUGCCCAUAAUACUUUGCAGGUUGUCGUGGCAGGAACAGAUGAUGUCGAUGCUAUGGGUGAUGCAGGCUGAGCUGGGUGGUGAUUGACCAGUUCUCAACAAAGACAACAUGUAGCAGUUACAUCCACAUUUUUGGGCUCCCCCUUUUUGUCUGGUUCAAAACCAAAAUACUGCCAUAUAGCAGCCUUCACAUUUUUUUUGGCAACCAAAUUGCCACUGCUCUCCAUUUAGUGUGGGCAAUUCACUUCUGUUCCGCCAAACGUUCUAAACACAUCACAUGAUAAAACGAAUAAAACGUGAGAGAAUCUUUUCAAUAUUGCGAAACCCCCGCUGUGUAAAUAUUCAUGAUAUACCAUUGGUUUUUGUGCCGUAUUACUUUUAUAAAACAAUGUCUAUAUGUCUUAUAUAGUAAUUCUAUUUUACUAAUAGUAAAAUAGAAAGAUGGCACAAUUUUUUAACUAAUAUUUUUAAUAGAUUGUAGUUUGCCCUUCCACUGAUUUAAUUCAGUUAUUAACCUCUUAGCGCAAAGCCCCUAGUGGUCGGCAGGCCGGCGUGCCUAGAUUACUCAAUUCAGACAUUCUGUGCUCCUGCAACCAAAUUAUGAGUUGAAAACACAAACUUUCUAGCUCUAUUCGUGGAUGAUUCAGGACAACAAUGCCGAAUACGGAGUCUCGCAGUGCCACCAUUUUCGCGCUGGUUGUGCAUUUACCAAGCACCCCCUCCCUGCAGUCUCAUCUGUAACUACACCCCCCACGCAUAACACACUGGAUAAUAGUGUUGAUCUGGGCAUGCAUGAAAACAUUCUUUUACUACUAAAAAUUUGUAUUCCCUCAUAGCAACAAGAUAAAGCCAACCGUAGCCAAAGGUAUACCAGUACAGCUGUGAAAAACGCUGCUCACUGAACACUGAAAUAAACAAGGUGAAUUUUUCAAAAUUAUGCCAUGUCAUUCUACUGUCAAUAUCUGUGACUAAAUAUAGAAUAAAUAUACAACCUUAUCAUUGGUUUUAUGCGUAGAGAUGUCGCUUUCCAGACGGAGUGGUCAUAUAUUGUCUUGGACAAUCCGUUUGUGAAAUAUAUGCUCAUUUGUGAUGCCUGGGUACCUUCCAAAAUAGCUGUGUGUAAUACCACACGUUGUAGUACAAUCUGGCUUGAUCGACAGUUAAUCGACUCUUUUAUUUGACAUUGUUAAUUUGUCUACUGUAUAAGUGAAUUUCCCUGUUUCUAGCUUUUCCCCAAACAGUUCACUGCAGCAAUAGUAAAUGUGAAAAUGGUGGCACAGGAGGUCUCAGGAGUGCAUUUGUUUAAUUCUUGCUAAUUUUAUGACCAAUGAUUUGUUGUUAAGACUAUUAAAAGCUUAAUAUUUUUCCAUUUUGGGCUUGGCCCAUUUUUUUUGCUCAGGAGUGUACGUGAACACAGAUAAUAUUUCAUUGUCCAAAUGUAAGUGUUACUGCUGAAAAUAUUUGGUUAUAUACGUUAUUUUUGAAAUUGAAUGUCUUUAAAUAGGUUAGUGGUAUUUUAGAAUGAGGAUAUUUCACACUAACGUAAGUGUUCGUUGGUUUGCUUGUAGUUUGUGUUUAAUGUAUGUAACAGAUAUGACCUCAACUGGAACAUUGGCAAAACGUGGUGGACGGUUGAAUAUUGUCUUAAUGUCGUCCCAUCCCCAUACAAGGAAACAUUACAUACUGUAGAGAACAGCAAAACAUACGAGAGUUAAUGGACACAUGUAGGUACUGUACCACAAUGUUUUUGCAUUAUUUUUUUAAUCUGAUAUCAAUGUUUCAUCUUAAACCUUCAUAAGGGGCGCAUGUAUAUUCUUUAUAAUAGACAAAAAGCAUUUUAUUCAUUUGUGGACAGAUUUUGGAUAUGUUUCAGUACUCCUAGAUAUUUUAAGCCACUGUACUUAUGGAAAACUUGUAAUUCCCACUUUAAAAUGAUGCAAUAGUGAGUUUCUUCUGUCAAACUGUUGAUUUGUAAUGCAAUACAUGAUUGUUGUGAUUUACAGCAAUGCAUAAUUUAGACAUUUUGGGUAGAUUUGGAGACGCUGGGUACACUGCUUAGUUUUUGCUUUAUAUCUUUAGUAGUUCUGCGUAUCCACCCUUAGAUUUUAUGAACCUUGUGGUCAAGAAGUUUUUGAUCCAGGACAUGUAUAGUUUAACCUGCUGUAUAUAUGCAAUCUCUCAGUAUUUCAUUGCAAACUAAAAAAGAGCAAAUUCAUUUUUGAUUUUUUGCCUAGACAAUUGCAUUUGUGGCACUUUAUUCCAAAAUUAUUAAUAUAAACUAAUCUAAGUUAGUAUUGUAAAUGGUACACGUCUUGCUUCAUUUAAGCCAUUUUUCUGUCUCUGUGGUGUUCACCUCUGGCGUUGUAAAGCUUUAAAUAGGGUACCCCCUAAAUGGGCAAGGAUUGGCCAUAUUUGUCAUGUGCGCUAAGGGGUUAAUUGACUGUUGGCUAGUUGUGAGGUUGAUGAAAUUCAAAGACAAAAACUAAAACAAAUUAUCCAGCUAGCUCCACAAAACACUGUAAAAUAUCACACUUCCUUAUUGUAUACAUUCAUUUGGGCACUGCUAAUGAGGUGAAGUUACUGAAGCUAACUGUCAAUGCAGGCAGAGGUGUUCUUCAUCUGUUUUGCAGGUGCACUGCUUCUUAAAAGUUUACAUUUUUCAAAACUUUGCACUUACUGUUUGUGUAGACUAAUGGAUCAGUUAAC